GGAGCAUAUGAUGGGGUUCUGACGCUGCGGGUGUGUGCGUUCGGUUUAUUGCUCGUCGCGUUUAGUGUUUAGUCUCCGCCUGUCCUGCUGCGCUGGUUGUGCGGCGGCGGCGCGCGGGGGAUGAAAUCGAACGCAUCCUCUCUGUGGACCAAUCACAGAGCGCGGUGGUGUAAACACGGAAGUGGGUAACGAAACCGAGCAACGAGACAGAAAGCUCUCGUAUCUGGACAAGAACAAGGUGGUCACUGCUCUGUAGGCCUCUCUGGCGAUGGACGAAGUCCACAAGAAGCUUCUUCAGCGCAACAGGAGCAGUCUGGUGAGAGACCUGGAGCCGGCACAGCUCUACGACGGCCUGCUGGAGAGAGGAGUGUUCACCCAGGACAUGCUGGAGGAGAUACAGAGUGCUGGGACCAGACGUGAACAGGCCAGAAAGCUGGUGCAGGACUUGGAGACCCGGGGGAGUCGGGCCUUUCCAUUAUUUCUGGUGUGCCUCGAGGAGACAGGCCAGCACAGUUUGGCAGAGCUUCUUCAGAGUGGGGCUCCAGCAGUUCAGCUACAGCCUGCAACUCCCAACCAGGUUAACCUCCCUGUUGUCCAGCCUCUCCCACUUACCCUUCCUAUUGAUGUCGAUAAGCCGAGAAAAGACAAUGUCCCUGUCUAUCCAAUACAGAAACCCAGUCCUACUCCCAGUCCAUCACCUGAAGGGGAUUACAGAAGAACAAGGCCACCAGGCAGAAUUCGACGGGAUAGUAUUCAGAGCUAUAAAAUGGAUGCCAGCCCUUGUGGACAUUGCCUCAUCAUAAACAACGUAGAGUUUGAACCUGAGAGCGAGCUGAGCAAUCGCAAAGGAUCCAACAUAGACUGUGAGAAGCUGGAGAAAAGAUUCAAGGCCCUCAACUUUAUUGUGGAAGUUAAAACAAACCUGAAACAAAGACAAAUCAAACAUGUGCUGUCAGCUUUAUGUAAGAAGGACCAUUCACAAUAUGACUGCUGUGUGGUCAUCAUGCUCUCUCAUGGGACUGAGGUGAGUCACAACCGCUUCCCUGGUGCCGUGUACGGCGUUGACGGACAGCACGUCCCAGUUCAGCACAUCACAAACUACCUCAAUGGCCAGCAUUGUCCGUCAUUACAGGGCAAACCCAAACUUUUCUUCAUCCAGGCCUGCGGAGGAGGUGAUCGAGACACAGGAUUCGAGGUGUCCCCUGAUGAAGUUGAACCAUCUAUCGGUGGAGCAGAUGAUCAGACGGACGCCAUUCCGAUGUCAUCCAGCAGCGACUCUCUGAGCAUGUCCGACGAACCGGACGCCAGAGCGACACUGCCCACCCCGAGUGACAUUCUGGUGUCCUACUCUACUUUUCCGGGUUAUGUUUCUUGGAGAGACACCCAGUCAGGCUCGUGGUACGUCGAGACACUAGACCGCAUCCUUGAGGAAAACGCUGCUACCGAUGACUUGGUCAGAAUGUUGAUGAUGGUCAACCAUGAAGUCUCCCAGAACUCUGCAAAAGGGCUCUACAAGCAAAUGCCUGGUUCCUUUAACUUCCUCCGCAAACUUUUCCACUUUCAACCCCAAGCAUGACGGCAAAGUUCAACUUCUCAGUUUCACUUUCAGGGAAUGUUCGUCUACUUCAAUACCAUAAGGGGUGAUUGUGAUUUGUAUGAAUAUGAAAAAUUGUGGUGGUAAUUUUACAGACACGAUAAUGUCUUGGCGUAUAUUUCUAUUGUUAUUCAUGUCUUGCUGUGUUUUUAAUAGUUGGCAACUUUUAAAAAUGAACUAUUUGGGUAAAGGUGUCAUUUUUGGGAGGAAAUAUUUACAUACUGUGAGAAUGUGAUUCAGGUUAGUUUUUCUAUUCUUGGUGUCUUAAUUUCAAUCAAUGUUCAAAUCGUUUUCUGCAAAUGAUAUAAAAUACUUUACUGAC